GUCCUUUUCAGUUUUCACAGUUCUUGCUUCACUGAUUGGCUGCUGACGUGUGGUUGAUGUUGAGGAGAACCGUAUAUAAUCUCAGCCAAAAGCUGCUCUUGCAACACUUUGCUGAGAGCAUCAGAGAUCACAAGAUGAAACAAACCCAGACAUACCUGACGAAGGUCAUCCUCUCAGCAGCAGCGUUGUUUCUCUUCCGAGCCACAACUGUCCGAUCUGCCACGCCGACAGCGGAACCCCAGUCCGCAGCCACACCGACUCCGUCCCUCUCCUUUGCAACCAGACAGCUCGACAACAGUACUAUGGACAAACCUCGGGUUUUACAAUCACAUAGGCCAUGUGGAAGCGACCAUGCCAACUACUGUCAUAAUGGUGGCCAGUGCAUGUAUCCCCAAGACAGCGACGGACCUUCUUGCAUCUGCGCGGCCUCGUACGGCGGGCCACGGUGCAUGUUCAUUGUGAACACCAUCUCUCAGCCCAAGAUCUACGCUGAACAACUGAUUGGCAUCGUUGUGGGCCUGGCUUUGGUCGUCUUUGCCCUCAUUUUUGUGAUUUGCUACUGUUCCUGGAAGAAAUGUAUAAAGUCAUCAAAGCUGAUCAAACCCACAUUACCAGAGAGCACAGUGUGAGUCACUGUUCACUGAAUCACUGUUCCUGGUCAUCAUCAUCUUCAUCUUCACCACUGGUCCAACUGGUUAGCAGAAAGCCAAACAUGAGCUUAACUACAGCUGGACUGGACGGCACUUAAUUUUAUUUUUAGAUCAUUUCUGAACCUGAAAUGCUGUGCAUAAAGAAAGGAAACCACAUCUUCUCAACUAAGAUCAAGCUUCAAUGUGAAACAUUCUCAGAAUAUGAAUUACUCCAAUAUGAAUUUGGCAUUUUUGUAGUUUUAAAACACGGUUGUGUGAAAAUGUUUAUUUAUUGUAACAUAGACAUUAACUUAUUUAAGUUGUUGCAUUUAUUUAAAGUUUUGUAAUAAAUUUGUAAAAAUGUA